UUGAAAGUAAUACUGUCGAACUGCUAGUGUUUUUAAAGUGAACGGAGAUCGCGUUUUCUAUUUAAAUUGUAUAGAAACCUUAAUUUUUGCUGUGAAAUAAUAUUUACAGUAGUAUAACUUUAAUGUAUGUUAUACAAACAAUUUUUUUGUCCAGUUUCAUACAUUAAAACGAUGACAAAAUAUUGCAACAUAAAUAGCACAGUUUCGUGUUUAGCAGUUACUGGUUUUAUUAAAUAACAAACGCAAAUACCACGAGCAUAUGAUCCUAAUCAAUAUAUGCCGUAACAAACGAUGUCAUUAGUUUACGAUUCUUAUCGAUUGUAGCUAUGGUUAUGUGAUAAAAUUAUUGAGAUAGGGAGCGCGUGAUACGUAGUGUAUCAAAGUACAAAGGUCGGCAGAAAAAUGACUGUGAGAAGUAAGAUAUUAAAAAUUUUAAUCCUUGGAGCUCCGGCCUCUGGGAAAGGCACUAUCUCCUCACGAAUAGUGAAGAAAUACAAUGUGGAACACGUGUCUAGUGGUGAUAAGCUAAGAGACCACAUUGAGAAGCAAACAGACCUGGGCAAAGAAGUCAAGCUGUAUCUAAACGAAGGUAAACUCGUCCCUGACGAGGUUAUGAUAAAGUUUAUGACAACUGAGCUCAAGAAAGUGGAAGGUAAACCCUGGCUGUUGGACGGAUUUCCAAGAACAGUUGCUCAAGCCAAUGCUUUGUGGAAAAUUCAACCAGUUGAUGUAGUGUUAAACCUGGUAGUGCCUUUUGAAGUGAUUAUUGACCGAGUGAAGAACCGCUGGGUGCAUCUGCCUUCCGGAAGAGUCUAUAAUAUUGGCUUCAACACUCCUAAGGUGGAAGGUAAAGAUGACGAAACUGGUGAGCCCUUAGUUCAGCGUCCUGAUGACAAGCCUGAAGCUGUUCGCAAGCGUUUAGAAAUAUAUGACAGUCUGACAAGGCCCGUCAUAGAUUUUUAUAAAGCCAAAAAUAUCCUUAAAGAGUUUGAAGGCCGCACUUCGAAUGAGAUUUGGCCUAAAGUGACAGCUUAUCUAGAUCCUAUUUUUACUAAGUAGAGGGAGUCACAUGUAUGGCCCUAUUGAUAAUAGAAAGACAAUUUUUUUAUAUAGAAGUUGUAUGACAUAUGACUUGGUGCUUGAAUCAGUACAUUUAAAGGAAUCAGAACAAAUUGGUUAUGUAGUUAGUAGGAUUUUAUAGUCGUUUUAUUUUGUAGACAAUUUUUAGGUUUUGAAAGUUUGUUAUUUACAAUUAUUGAAAAUAAUAUUGCAGCUUAUGUGAUUACCAAUGAAGUAAUUUUUAAGUGGCCAUAAUUAUUUAUGUAAAUGAUAUUAUUUGAUAUUGUUGAUUAAAGAUAUUUCACAUUACAUGAAUAUCUAAGUAAAGUUACCAUGUUACUAAGCCAAAAAUUUUGAGCUAUUUGCAAUUUAGAAUUAGGGAUUGAGAUGAGAGUGUUGUGUGGUAGAAAUGAUGAUAUGUAGAAAGUACAAUUAAGUAUACAUAUGUUACUAAUUAAUAACUGUUCUUGCCUAAACAUGUACUUAUCUAGAGUAUGGAUUAUUAUACAGUGCCUUAAGCAGGCUAAAUAUAUACAUUGUUAAAAUAUCAACCAAAGCUAACUAAAGCUCAAAUUAUACCACACAAAAUUGUAGUUCUAAGUUAUUAUUUUGCUAUAGUAUUAUACACUUGUUUGAGUUUGUAAUUGAUUUAAUAUCAAAUAAACGUUAUAAUUUGUA